UUUUGGAUUCUUCUGUUUCCUUCUCUUUCUUAUGACAGUUUUAAAACCUACUCAACAGCUGCAGCAGCAGUUACUCAAUUUUCUUCAACAAACCUUGUGAGUCUCCUUGGCAAUGUUGAUGUUCGUAGUCUCAGUGCUGCGUCAUCAGGUUCUCUUACAGAAGCUGGUGGAGAAGAAGAUGACGAGCAAAACUGUCCGCAGUCUUCAAGAAGUAUGUUGAAGUAUGACUUGCUUUCUUUUGAAGGGGGAAGCCAAUUUAAGAUCACUUUGAAUGAUACAAUACUUAUCAAUAGAAUUGACGCAGAAACUGGAGACAGAAUACGCAUUGAAAAAGUUUUGUUGGUUGGGGGAGAAAAUUUUACUGUGGUGGGAACUCCACUAGUUGCACGAGACCUAGUGAGGGUUGAAGCAACUGUUUUGGAGAAAACCAAAGGACCAAAAAAGAUUGUGUUUAAAAUGAAAAGGAGAAAGGGUUACAGAAAAUGGAAAGAACACUACCAAGACAUCACAGUGCUAAGAAUAAACAGCAUUCAAGUCCAACCUUCUCUUCUGAGCUCUGCUCCAUGAGCAUCUGUCACUACUGUGAGCUGAGUGAAGCAAGAGCAACACAAUAACACAAGCUUUACAGUUGUAUUAAAGCUUCCAUCUUCAUCUUUAAAACCAACACUUCUGAGCUAGCUUGUGAUUUGUUCUGCCUUGUGUGAUAAAAAGCACCAGGUGGACAUCAAAUGAUAAGUUCUCCAAAAAGCAAUGAGCUAGUGUCAGAGUAGUGCUUUGUUUUUAAUCCUUCGACCCCUGUGAUGAGCAAAACAGUUAGCAAACAGGAAUAAUUCCUUGUAAAGACAUUCAACCGAGACCUGUAAUUCGUAUUGAAAGCAGUAAAGGGGAAGUUCAUCUGUUUCUUUAUUUGGCUUAUUUUGCAAUUAUCAAGUGUCCAGCUCUUUGACCCUUUUUUCUUCCUUUAAAAUAAAAUAAAAGAGACCAAAACUAAAA